AUGGCGACUCGAACUGCCAAAGGCAAAGGACGUGUGCCAUACAAUAUUUUAAAUAACUUGAGCUCCGUUGAUAUCCUUUACGACGAUAGUAAGAGGAAACCAAAGCCGCGGACUGUUGGCGUAUUUGAGGCCGAGCGUUUAAUAUCGCGAAGAAAAAAUAGGCAGGUAAAUAUCAAUUUAACUUGUUCUAUUUUUGGGUAAACAUUCGUAGUAUAUUUUUAACAGUAGGCAUGUUGUCCUUUAUUUAUAAUAUUUCUAUAUUUUCUUUUAACAAUGUUUUUACUUAAAAUGGUUUGUAUUUACUUAUAGGGAUUUGAGUAUUUGGUUAAGUGGCAGGGUUAUAGCUCCUUCGAAAAUACAUGGGAGCCUGAAGACCACAUUUCUACUGCUUCUUUGAGGUAAAUCUUUAUAGCAACUGUAGCAUAAUUCACUCGUCAAUGUUCUUUAAGAUCAACGUUCUGCAAAUAUAUGGUAUCGAUCCUAAGCGUAGAUCAUAGAUGAAGUACUCAAGUACUAAAUUAGUAGAUUAAUCACCCAAAAGUAGAACCUAUUUUGAGAUGGAAUUAUUUUUAAUUCCACUUCAGAUAUUUUGAAAAGCCAAAUCCUCCUCGUGCUGUGGUAGAAGAGUCUAUUGACCGUUUAAGGCGAGAGGUUGUGGACUCGUUGAGACAUAGAUGGCCUGAGCAGAGAGUAACAGUGGAGUUCAGGCAUGAUGUCUAUAACUUCUUGUUUGCUGGAAAAGGGAAGCCUGCAGAGCAAAUGCAUUGGACUUUGUUUGAAGAACAUGAUUUUUCAAAAUGCAAACUUCCACCAAACUGGAAUUGCUUGUUUGACAUUCAUGGAGAUGGUGUUCGGAUGAAAUUUCCAGUCAAGAUGAGAAAAUUUAUUCACCGUUCACCUCCAAAUUUCCAAAGAAAAGCCGACUCAAUGUCGAAGCACCCCGAUCAUAUACUGAAAAAAUUUCUAUUUGUUUUAUUAAACUUCCUUCCUCUUGUUAAGUUAAUUAACCCAUUGAGUCGCAUUGCACCCUGAUGCACCCUACUUUAUUAUUUUACUCUGUCUAACGGCAUACGAUUUUACUUGUCAAGGGGAGAGCGCUGGCACUUAAUGGGUUAACUGGCCUAUCUGCCCAUGUGUCUAGCUAACCCAUUGAGUCUCAUUGCACGCUGAUGCACCCUACUUUAGUAUUUUACUCUGUCUAACGCCAGACUAUUUUACUCAUCAAGGGGAGAGCGCUGGCGCUUAAUGGGUUAAAUUAAUAUUAUGUUCAUCAGUAUUCACCACUUUAGCAAGUGGCCACUCUCCUCUGCAGACACUAUUAAUAAUAGUCUUGGAAAGCCAACACUAUUAUUAAUAGCCUCUGUGGAGGAGAGUGGAAAGUGGAAAUGCUAG